GCCGCUGGCGCUGCACCCCCGGCCCGGCGGGCCCAAGAACCUGCCCGUCAUCAGCGACUACGUCGAGGGCGAGGAGAGCGAGGCGGCAAAGACGCUGGGACAGAAGGAGCGCCUCGUGGUCGUGGGCGGCGGCUGGGGUGGUGAGUCAGGGCGCAUGCGGCAGCGAGGGUGACGGCGAGGGCGUGUGCGGCAGCUGCCUGAGCGCGCUGGCGUGUGCAGGGCUGGCAGCAGACAUGUGCAGCACCGGCCUUGCUACACGCACCGCACGCCACUCCGGCGGAACUGCCAGUGCUGAACAUCGCUACACAGCCGUGGCGCUGCUCUCGACGCUGGACAAGGACCGCUACAACGUGACGCUCGUGUCGCCCAACAACUUCUACCUCUUCACGCCGCUGCUGCCCUCGGCCACCGUGGGCACCGUCGAGCCGCGCUCGCUGGUGGAGCCGCUGCGCAAGGUGCUGGCGCGCGUGCACGGCCACUACGUGCAGGGCUACGCCGUCGACGCCGUCAUGGGCUCGCCGCUGCCCGAGGCCGCCGGCGGCGAGCAGCGCCUGCUCGAGGUCGAGGUCGUCGACGGCCACGGCGGCGCAGAGGCCAAGGGCAAGCGCGUCUACAUUCCCUACGACCGCCUCGUCGUCGCCGUCGGCAGUGUCUCGGCCACGCACGGCGUGCCGGGCCUCGAGCACUGCUUCCAGCUCAAGACGAUCCAGGACGCACGGCGCAUCCGCUCGCACAUCAUGGACAACCUCGAGAUUGCGGCGCUGCCCACCACCGACCCCAAGGAGCGCGAGCGGCUGCUCUCCUUUGUCAUCUCCGGCGGCGGCCCCACGGGCGUCGAGACGGCCGCCGAGAUCUACGACAUGCUCAACGAGGACGUGCUCGACUACUUUCCCAAGCUGCUGCGCUCGCAGGCCAAGGUGCACCUCAUCCAGAGCCGCGAGCACAUCCUCAACACGUACUCGGAGAAGAUCAGCGAGUACGCCGAGAAGAAGUUUGCCAAGGACGACGUCGACAUCAUCGUCAACGCUCGCGUGAAGCGUGUUGAGCCGGACAAGGUUGUGUAUACCAAGAAGAACAAGGACGGCGGGCUGGACGAGUUCGAGAUCCCCUCCGGCUUCACGUUGUGGUCGACCGGCAUCGCCAUGUCGCCCUUCACCAAGCGCCUCACCGAGCUGCUGCCGAACCAGAGCCACCUCAAGGCGCUGCAGAUCGACUCGCACCUGCGCGUCAAGGGCGCGCCGCUCGGCAGUCUGUACGCGCUGGGCGACGCCUCCACCAUCGACACGCGCCUCAUCGACUACCUGUACGACUUUGUCGAGCAGUCGGACAAGGACCACGACGGCAAGCUGUGCUACAGCGAGUUCCAGGACCUGGCCAAGGCCGUGGGCCGGAAGUUCCCCAUCGCGUCCAAGCACUUUGAGAAGCUGCAGCAGAUGUUCGAGACGUACGACACGGACGCCGACGGCAAGCUGGGCCUCAACGAGAUUGCCGACAUGUUCCUCGAGACGCAGAACAAGAUGACGGCGCUGCCGGCGACGGCGCAGGUGGCGUCGCAGCAGGGCAAGUACCUGGCGCGCAAGCUCAACAAGCUGGCGCGCCGCCGCGACGCGGGCAAGGAGAUGAACCCGCACGACUCGGAGGACGUGCUCGACAUCGACGACCACGUGUACCGGCCGUUCAACUACCGCAACCUCGGCUCGCUGGCGUACGUCGGCAACGCUGCCGCCUUUGACCUGCCGCUGCCCGAGCCGCUCGGCAGCUGGGCCGGCGGCCUGCUGGCCAUGUACGCCUGGCGCAGCUUCUACCUCUCCGAGCAAGUGAGCACGCGCACCCGCCUGCUGCUGCUGAUGGACUACGUGCGCCGCGGCGUGUAUGGCCGCGACGUGUCGAACCUGUAACGAAAUCACGAGACGCUCAUAGAGACCCACCGCCACACACCGCGCGCUAGUCUAGGGCCUGAGAUUGCGACGGGGCUCCAAAGCGCAUGCAGAGAGGGAUGGAGGGGAGAUGACGCUGAACGUGGAGAGGCACAGUCUGAUGCCGCGCAGAGCGCGUCGCACAGAGAGAGGGAAAUAGAGUGACCGCGGCGGGAA